GAAUCUCUCGACAUCUCAAUUUCACAGAAAAUGAGUUUUGAUAUUGAUGAUGGUGUGAAUGAUAAAUCAAGUGAAGAAGAAGAUGCUUCUCAUAAUGUUGAAAAUGAGACAGUUUUUAAUUAUGAUUUUGAGUUUGAUGAAGAAAAUCUAGUUGACUGUAAAGUCACUGGAUUUGGUGAUGAAGAGGAGGAGAAUGAUGAUGAUUACCGAGAUACACCUGUUAGUUCCGAUAUUGAAACGGAACAAUAUGAAAGGCGUAGUGGCGAGCUAAAACUAAAACAAGUGUUUGACACUUUGGAAGAGUUUAAAGAAGCUAUGGUGGAUUACGUGUUGAAUGGAGGAUGGAAUGUGAAAUUUACGAGAUGGGGUAAGGAAAAAUCAGAGCUCAAGUGUGCGAUGAAAGGAGAUUGCCCCUGGAGAAUUUAUUGUUCUUUCGAAGAACCAGUUGGAAAGUGGAUGAUAAAAGUGUAUCACGACGAGCAUCGUUGUGUAAAGAACGGAUAUAGCAAGCUAUUGACUCAAGCGGUAAUUGCUCGGCUGUUUCUAAACGAUUUAAGGAGUAAUCCUAAGUUCAAACCAAAAGUUAUUCAAGAACAAAUCCAGCAGCGUUGGAAUUUGAUUGUAUCACGGGACCAAUGUCGAAAGGCAAAGGCAGUAGCAUUGGAGAUCAUCCAGAAAGAACAUGAUGUACAAUUUUCAAGGGUACAAGACUAUCAGUCGGAGAUUACAGACUCUAGCCCUGAUUCUUCUGUGGAGUUUCAUGAGGAGAGAAGUAAGAAUCCGAAAAGAAAAAGGGGAGUGCAAGAGUCUCCAGUGAAGGUAACCAAAGUUACCAGAGAGGGAAGGAUUGUUCGUUGUGGCAGAUGUGGUGUAGUUGGACACAACACAAGAAAGUGUGGUAAUGUAGGGGUGGAGUAUAUAAGACCGAAGAAUCGCAGCACAUCAGAUGAAGGAUUUGAGUUAAUGGCUUUCGACUACAACGAAGAACCAAGUCAGUCUACAUAGGAUUCGGUUAAUUUGUGGUUUUCGGAUGAUGUGAACAUCUUUUGCUUUUGCUUUAUUCUUAUUACAGGCCUACCAUGUGGAAGUGGUGAUUUUAGUUCAAGCCUUUUACAGGGUUUUGAUUAUGCAUAUGAAAUUUUCUGAUGCAAAAUUCUAUUAACUAACAGAUCAAUACAUAAGAGCUUUUAAA